AUUUGAAUCUUGAAUCUCAUUAUUCGUAGACAUGAGUUCGCACGUGCUGAUGUCACGUUAUGGACAACAGUGUGUAUAUUUAAGAAGGGUGGGUAGACGGACUAUAUGAGUCUAUAUUUGCACUUGUAAAAAUCCCUAUCAAGUCGAAAGGUUGACCGGCAGUUGCCCCCUCCGUCCAAAAAAGCAGAAGCCGGCCGACCACCACCGCCGCCGCUGGCGAUCGGUUUCGAGAUCGUGCAACGGUGCAACCUAUGUGAAAACUCGACACGUGGCAUCGCAAAAUAACAAAACUACAACUCCCUAGAUACACCCCCACGCCUACCGUGCGUCACCUCUCAUUUGCUCGCUCUGACCGAUUCUAUGUAUGUGUUUAUUUGCAAUAGUGUGGAGGAGUAGUAGAAACGUAUGGCGCUGUUGGAAACAUGAGCUAUGAAUUUCUUAUACUGUCGCUCUCAACUUUUUUAUUUUCAAUUUCUCGCAUAGAAAAGCAGGGAGUUAAAAACGAAGUAGCUUUCCUUGUGCAAUUUUUUCCUAUUUAUUGCAUCUUUUUUUAGCGAAAACUUUCUGUUGCUUGGGUGUGUUUGUGCGUGUGAUGAGUUGGUCGGUGAAUGCGGCGGCGAUGGUGGAGCCGAGAGCGUUCUUCGCCGAUUCCAACGACAUCGAAUUUGGCGAUCCCUGGUGGUUUGUCUACGCCAGCGUUUCGUGUUUCCUCGUUCUCUUCGCCGGAAUCAUGUCCGGUUUGACUCUCGGCUUGAUGUCUCUGGGAAUCGUUGAGCUCGAGAUACUGCAGCGGAGCGGCAGCUCCACGGAGAAGAAACAAGCUGCUGUUAUUUUUCCGGUAGUUCAGAAGCAGCACCAACUUCUUGUGACCCUGCUACUGUGCAAUGCUGCUGCCAUGGAGGCUCUGCCACUAUAUCUGGACAAGCUGUUUCAUCCUGUUGUUGCUGUCAUUCUGUCAGUGACGUUUGUUCUGGCUUUUGGUGAGAUAAUCCCUCAAGCAGCUUGCUCUAGAUAUGGGUUGGCUGUGGGUGCUAAUUGUGUGUGGCUCGUGCGCAUUUUGAUGAUCAUUUGCUACCCGAUUGCUUACCCUAUUGGAAAGAUCCUCGAUUCUGUCUUGGGCCAUCAAGAUGCUUUAUUUAGGCGACCUCAAUUGAAGGCUCUUGUAUCUAUUCAUAGCCAGGAGGCAGGCAGAGGUGGUGAACUUACUCAUGACGAAGCAACAAUUAUUAAUGGAGCACUAGAUUUGACAGAAAAGACAGCUGAAGAGGCAAUGACACCCAUUGAAUCGACGUUUUCCCUUGAUGUGAAUACAAAACUGAAUUGGGAAACUAUUGGAAAAAUCCUUGCGCGGGGUCAUAGUCGCAUUCCUGUGUACUCAGGGAACCCAAAGAACAUUAUCGGACUUCUGCUGGUGAAAAAUCUCCUAACUGUACGAGCUGAAACAGAGACUCCAGUUAGCUCGGUUUCCAUCAGGAGAAUGCCUAGAGUACCGGCAGAUAUGCCCUUGUAUGAUAUUCUCAAUGAGUUUCAGAAGGGCGGCAGUCACAUGGCAGCUGUAGUGAAGGUGAGAGAGAAAGAGAAGAAGCUUCUUCCCUUGGUUGGAGAGAAAAUUUCAACCAAAGGGGAUUCACAAUUGAAAAUCCCGUUGCUGGACAAGUAUGGUGGAGAAGCAAAUACUGUUGUGGUCAACAUCGGGAAGCCUGAGCAAAAUGGAUUUGUGACGUAUAAUUCAAUGCAUGCUGUAGAGGAUGCUGAAGAUGGAGAAGUAAUCGGCAUAAUCACCUUGGAAGACGUAUUUGAAGAACUUCUGCAGGAGGAAAUUGUUGAUGAGACAGAUGUUUACAUAGAUGUACAUAAAAGAAUACGCGUAGCUGCAGCUGCUGCUGCUUCUUCUGUUGCUCGAGCACCUUCGACUCGUAGGCUUCAAAAGCCAUCCGCAGUAUGUCAUGCAGCACUUGUCUUUGCUCCUUAAUCGUGUUGAUUGUGCUCGUGCUUGAUAAUUAGUUUAUCUUCCAACAAGUAAGAAAUAGUAAUUUGAAACCGUAGCAUUUUUCAUAACUGCCAACCUUUUCGCGUUCGCAGGUCGGCCCAGGCAAGCAAUGAUCUCCACACCACAUGUGAAAAUGCAUAGUGUUUGUCUCAUCUACAAUCAACUGUGUUCUAUGUGUAAACCCAGAUUUUCAGACCAAAUUCAAUGUUUGUAAUGCUAGCCAAUAAUUAUGAGCCCUUCUUUUUUGUAGAAUUACAAUCCCGAACCACUUCUUUUUUAGGCAAAAAUAAAUAAAUGAUUAUUAGUUUGAAAUA